CACAAGUAAAUAUAAACAUCUCACAUCAUGACAGGCAGAGGAAAAGGAGGAAAGGGACUAGGAAAGGGCGGUGCCAAGCGUCACCGUAAGAUUUUACGUGAUAACAUUCAGGGUAUUACUAAGCCUGCUAUCCGUCGUCUGGCUCGCCGUGGCGGUGUCAAGCGUAUCUCCGGUCUUAUCUACGAAGAGACCCGUGGUGUGUUAAAGGUCUUCUUAGAGAACAUCAUCCGUGACGCUGUUACCUACACCGAGCACGCCAAGCGCAAGACUGUAACUGCUAUGGAUGUUGUCUACGCCCUUAAGCGCCAAGGCCGCACCCUAUAUGGAUUCGGAGGUUAAAUUUUUAACACCAUCGUCGUCGCUCUCAUACUACAAAACUGGUGCAUAUUUGCACCACCCUUUUGAACUUGAAAUUAUCUAUAGAAUUCACUUUCGAAUCAUAUAUAUGUAUAUAAUGGAUAUAUGUAUGCUAACUGUUGAAGAUAUAUGUAGCGGUUAAAUGUUAUAGAUUAAAGUUUG